AUGUCAGAACUAGAAGAAAUUAAAAACAAAAAUCGUCCGUGGAUUAAUCAGAUUCAAUCGUUCAAUAAACUUUACCGAUAUGAAGAUAACAAUGCAUAUUUGAGUCCAGGAAUAAAACUGGGGUGGGUCAUUGGCGUAUUGAUUCCAUGUCUUCUCAGCACCUGGAACGUGAUGCUUUUCAUUAGGAUACCGAUGAUAGUAGGAAACGCGGGAAUAUUGCAUUCAUUUCUUAUUGCAAUACUUUCACUGCUUAUUAUUCUAAUCACAAAUUGUUCAUUGACUGCAAUCAGCACAAAUGGAAAAACCAAAGAAGGAGGUCUUUAUUUCAUUAUUUCCCGAUCAAUUGGUCCAGAAUUUGGAACAUACAUUGGUAUUAUAUUAGCAUUUGCUAACAUUGUUUCUGCGAUACACAUUGCUCCUCUAGUAGCGGUAGUUUUCGCUUUCAUUAAUGUCAUUAUAGGCGCAUAUAUUGGACCACCAACUCCCUUGUUAAAGGCAGAAUUUAUCACUAGAUUUAACAUGAAAACGUUUGAAAAAAACUUGUAUCCUAAAUAUGACAAUUUUGAAAACGUUCAUGAAUCUUUUCUUACAAUGUUCACGAAAUUUUUUCCAUUUUUCACUGGAAUACACUCUGGAUUAAAAUAUUCAGCAGGAGAUCUUAAAGAUCCAAACGUUGCAAUACCAAAAGGAACUUUAUUCUCGAUUAUUAUUACCACAACUAUGUAUAUUGUAAUAAUAGUAUUAUCUGGGUCGGUUCAAUUGAGAGAAGCUAUGAAUGCAAAAAUAUUUGACGAUGUUUCUUUUGCAAAUUGUCCUUUUGGAGGCUGCUAUGAAGGAUUUACAACAACACUAUUUUAUCGAAUUUCAUUAUCGAAGUUCUUUAUUUAUAUCGGUGUUAUUACGGCUUCUAUAAGUAAUACUUUAACUGCAUUAAUAUUUGGUUCAAAAUUAUUAAAAAGAAUUGGACAAGAUGAUGUUUUGCCUCUUAUUAAAUAUUUAGMAAAAGGCUAUGGAAAAAGUAAUGAACCGUAUCGUGCCCAUGUUUUUACCAUAGUUGUAUCAUCAACAUUAUUUUGUAUUAAAAUUAAAUAUGGAGUUAAUUCAGGUGUUUCUUUCAAAUUGAUAACAAUUUGUAAUUUAAUUGCAUACACUAUGUUAAAUUAUUGUACUUUCCUUAUUGCCUAUUCUGAACCUUUGGGUUGGAGGCCAAAAUACAAGUUUUAUAACAAAUGGUCAAGUCUUGCUGCAGCAAUUAUCUGUUCUUCAUUAAUGAUAAUAAUUAAUCUAACAAUGUCAUUAAAUGUUGGUUGUGCAGUAUGUGUUUUAUACAUACUUGCUAGAAGUAAAAAUGAAGUUAUAAAUUGGGGAUCUUUUACGCAAACACAACAAUUAAAAAUAGUUAUAAAAAACAUGUACAUGGCCGAUACUAUUCAAUACCAUAUUAAAAACUACUUACCUAGUUUAAUUGUUUUUUCUGGAAAUCCUAAGUCUAGAAAAAAGUUAGUUUCUUUAGCUAAUUUAAUUACAAAUAAUAAUGGAGUACAAAUGUGUGUCAAUAUUGAAAAGGUAUUGCUUUCUCCGAGACAAAAGAAAAUAUACCUUGACAAAGGGAUUCAAUGGUUAAAGACUUCUGGAAUCAAAUCCCUAUAUGUUAUCAUUGAUAACAUAGAAUUGGAUUUAGCAAUUCCCUUAAUAUUUAGUUGUGGACAUGGGCAAUUGAAACCAAAUAUGGCAAUGGUUGGAUACAAAUCUGAUUGGCUUAGUUGUCCAUAUCAAGAACUUCAAACUUAUUUAAAUAUUUUCAAUGAAGGUAAAAUUCAUGACAUUUCUAUGAUUAUGGUUCGUGUGUCAUCAACUGAGUUUAAUGAUAGUCAGAAUUUAUUCAAUCGUGGUUGUAAGCACUUAGAUCACAAUGAAGAUAUCCCGUGUGAAACGCAAUCAAAUCAAAAUAUUAGAAAUCAACAAAAGUUGGAUAAUUGCUCUUUAAAAAUAAAGAAUGAAGAAUUUUCAUUCGAUUCGGAGAAACGAAAAAACGGGACUGUAGAUUUGUGGUGGUUGUACAGUGACGGAGGUUUGUCGUUAAUCAUUUCAAGUAUAUUAAAGUAUAGUAUUACGUGGAAAAAUUGUAAAUUUCGAAUUUUUGGAGUAACAAACAAAAUUGAGCGUUUGUCUGAAGAAAAACACAAAUUAAAACAAUUGUUAUCACUGUACCGAAUUGAUUUCGACUACUUGGAUAUCAUUUUAGCAAACAUCACUGAUCCUACAACUAUAACAUUUUUCAAUUCAUUACUAGAACACGUAGCUUCUAGAGAUAAUCAAUUUGAUGAUUAUAAUUUACAAAAGGAUCAUAUUGCUGAGACGUUGUUUUUAAGAGAUCUUAUUGAAUUGCAUUCAUUUAACUCUGAUCUUAUCAUAUUAACGACGCCAAAUAAUAACAACGAGGAAAUAAAUAUAUUAUUCAUGUGUUGGAUAGAAACGAUUUCUAGAGGAUUACCACCAUGUAUUAUAAUCAAUAGGAGUGCAGAUCCAGUUCUUUCAAUUUAUGCUUAA